AUGAACAGAGAAAAUCAGACCGCAGUCAAGGAAAUCGUUCUUUUGGGAUUCCAAGCACUUCACAACUUUAAGAUCUUCUACUUCUUACUGUUUCUUAUGUUAUACACCCUGACAUUAACUGGAAAUGUCACCAUUGUUACCCUGGUGACUGUUAGUCCCAACUUAAAGCACCCCAUGUUCUUCUUCCUUGGACAUCUUUCCAUGACUGACAUUAUACUAACCACAAAUAUUGUACCCAAUAUGCUCUGUGCCAUACUAAAGGAAGGAAUAACCGUAUCUCUUUCUGCUUGUAUUGUCCAACUUCAGUUCUUUGGCAUCUCUUUGGGUGCAGAAUGUCUUCUUCUCACGGUGAUGUCCUAUGACCGGUAUCUGGCGAUUUGUAAUCCAUUGCAGUAUAAUUCCAUCAUGGUCGCCAAACUCCGUCUUCAGCUAGCGGUUUCUUGUUGGUUAUUAGGUUUCAUUAUUUCGUUCAUAACGGUAAUUUUGGUAAGUAAAUUGGAUUUCUGUGGACCAAACUUUAUCGACCACUUUUUCUGUGACCUUCUGCCUCUACUACAGCUUUCAUGCUCAGACACCUUUAGCGUAAGGUUGGAAAAUAUCUUGCUUGGCACACCAAUAACACUGUUUCCAGCCAUCAUCAUAGUUAUAACCUAUGUCUGCAUUUUUAACGCCAUCUUCAAAAUUCCAUCGACCUCGGGGAGACAAAAGACCUUCUCCACUUGUAGCUCCCACCUGACCGUUGUUGCGAUCUUUUACGGGACCCUGGUCACACUCUAUAUCAUUCCUUCCAGUGGAUAUUCUUUGAAUGCAAACAAGGUCCUCUCCUUGCUUUACACUGUGGUGACUCCAUUGUUUAAUCCUAUCAUAUAUAGUCUGAGGAACAAAGAGAUAAGAGUGGCAUUCAAAAGAUACGUAUUUUAA